UCUCAUUUGCAGUCUGUAACCAAUCUAUUUAACCAAAAAAGAGAAGAGAGCCAACAAAGAAGCAGCAAGCGUAUGAGAUGAAUCGUCUUGCACCAUUGUCAGAAGAGCCCAUAAACGAAGAAGACAACAAAAACUGCUCAAAGAAAGCCCAAACAUGGCGAAACUGGCUCAAGAACCACUUCUCUCUCCUCUUCAACAAGAAAUCUGAUCUCAAGAUCCUCUUGAGUGUUCUGGGUUGCCCUCUCUUUCCUGUCUCAGCCCAUCUCAAACAACCAAUUGCUGAAGUCUCGUCAUCAGCCCAAUACAUAAUACAACACUUCACGGCGGCGACUGGUUGCCGGAAAUUAGAGGGGGUGGUGAAGAACAUGUACGCCACCGGAAAAGUAACAAUGGCCCUGGUCGACGAGCUCAGCUCAAACGGCUCAGCUGCCGGAGGAACUAAUGGAGAUCCACAAAAGGGUUGCUUUGUAAUGUGGCAGAUGGUACCUGACAAGUGGCUGAUUGAGCUUGUUGUGGGUGGUCACAAGGUGGUCGCCGGCAGUGAUGGCAAUGUGGCAUGGCGCCACACUCCUUGGCUCGGCGCACACGCGGCCAAAGGCGGUGUUCGUCCUCUCCGGCGAGCUUUCCAGGGUCUUGAUCCUCUGGCUGUAUCAGCUGCUUUUUCCUUAGCUCAGUACAUGGGAGAAAAACGAAUCACAGACGUCGAUUGCUUCGUGUUAAAAUUGUCUGCUGAUCAAACGGACCUGGCUGAAAGGAGUGACAACACUGCAGAGAUGAUCAAACAUGUUAUGUUUGGCUACUUUAGCCAAAGAAGUGGAUUGUUGGUGUAUUUGGAGGACUCUUACUUAACCAGAAUUCAAUCACCUGGUUCCCACCCUACAUACUGGGAAACCACAAUGGGGACCAAAAUCGAGGACUAUCGGACGGUGGAUGGCGUGAUGAUUGCACACUCGGGACAAUCAAGCGCGAUCAUCACACAGUUUGGUGACAACUUGAGGGCAGGGCCUGUGAUCACGCGGUUGGAGGAGACGUGGAUGAUUGAUGAUCUAGCAUUGAAUGUAGCGGGUCUUUCAAUUGACUGCUUUAUACCACCUGGAGAAGUACAAAAAGAUUAUCCCGAAGAGAACCUUGACUGGCGAUCGCCAUUACAUCGAUGACUACAAUAAUUUUGUUUACAAAUAUUUUAAGUUCUAGCUAACUUGUGUCAUAUUUUUUUUUAGUAUUGACCUUAUAAUACACCAAGUGGCCUUUUAUUUGUGUGCACAUACAAGACAUAAAGCUGCUAAAUAGUCCUUGUUUUUCAUUGCCAUUGACAUUUUUGUUGUAUCCACAAGGGAACAGCACAAGAA